AUGUCUCUCGAGCUAGAUGCAAAGUAUGUCAAGACAGGUGUAUGGACCAACCUGGAUGGCGGGGCCAUUCUAGGAAGAACGAUUACGACCGACACGCAAACCGGUAACCUCAUAGUUGCCUUGUUAGCCAUACUUUCAACACUAGGUACUGCGCAUCUCUGGCAUCUAAUCGCUUUCGCGAUACAUCAGAUCCGAGCCAAUGGCCACGAAUCAGAUCCUCUCUUCAGACAGCAACAAGCAUUGCUGCGCACACUCCCAACUCCAAGCUCUGUAGUUGCAGAGGCACUAAAGCUAUGGUGGGCUUGGAGGAGAAAGGCAGACCGGCCGUUCCUUCGAUCAAUAUUGCUGGUGCUUAUCGCACUUAUCUUCACGACCAUGACAAUAGCGGCCUCGGUAUUUUCUUCGCUUGUUGUUGACACUGGAACCAUCGAGGUACUAGUAGACUCCCCAUUCUGUGGAAGCGCGAAUCUUAUCGGAACGGCGUGGCGAGAAUACUCGAAAGAAUUGGACCUAGCUGCUCCGGCCUAUACGCAAGACUGUUACAGCAACGGAUCGCUUCCUGUGACGUGUAACGUCUUCACAAAACCUAAUGUCCCCCUCAACGUCGGCAGCGUGCCCUGUCCGUUCAACGAAACCAUGUGUGAUACCGAGGACGCCGUUAGUAUCGACUCCGGCCUCAUAGAUGUUAGCAAAGCCUUCGGACUGAACUUGCCUGCCAAAGACCGGGUCACCUUUCGAAAGAAAAUCGAAUGCACUGUGUUGCCGGUUGUAAAUUAUUACGACGUUAUUGACCUGAAAGAUAUGCCCAUGUGGAAACCUGACUACAGAGAAAUAUUCCCGGGCGAACAAGUCGCAGCCAUCUUCUAUGGGCCCAAGCCUCCUCUCGAUACCGGCGAAAGCUUUCUCGCCUACCUAGUUUCGUCGAACGUUAGUGGCAAUCCUAAAGUCCCCAGAGGCGGUAUGUACUAUAGGGGGCCAAACAACACCGUUAUGCCAACCUGGUUCCCCAAGGAUAGCUUUUUCCCCCUCAGUGCUGAAGGGCCAGAAGGGGACGUAUUCUGGAAGCCUUUUCUACCAAACGCUCUCGAGUUUGAAGCACCAGUCGACGACCCUCUCUACUCAGCACACAAGGAAGUCAAAAAGAUCGAUGCUGCCACCGGAGAACACUUCUCGCAAUAUCUAGCGGAUCAUCCAAUCAAGGGAGUCGGAUGUACGCAGCAUCUUCAGUAUUGUCACGCCAGAGACGGCCAAGAAGACUACUGCACUCUAUUUGAAGGAGUACCCUACCACACAUUCCGCGACUUCGAUUUCCCUGAAGCAAACAGCGUACAGCGAGCAGUACUACAGCUGAUAAUCAAGUCGGUCUGGCUACACGCCACUGUAAACGUCAUGACAUGUAAAACCACCACCAUGAUGUCCAAGGGAGAUUUCGAUGUUUCAGGGCUACCGAACGACUUCUGGAAACAAGAAGUUCUAGGAUGGGAACAGGAGGUAUGGGCAGCUAUGCAAAUCCAAGUCUCUCAGUAUGCUAGGGGGCCCCAAUUUGGCGAUCCGUUUGCGGGUGAGGUCUUUCUGAAGCCGCAGACAGAGGGUGAGAAAACGCUCUGUGGGGCGCAAAUAAUGAAAAAGUCUGGUGGAUUUGUCAACAUCAACGUCUUCGGUCUCUCCUUCGUCAUCGCCUUCUCCAUCCUCGUCGCAAUCAUCGACAUCACACUUCUGAAAUUCCUCGUCUACCUCACUCACUUCCGUCGCGCACUCGGCCCCCGUGUCGCCCGCUGGACACAAGAUGGAGUAUGGCAGCUCCAGCGCCGAGCUUACGAGGGUGAAGGUCAUCGCAACUGGACUGAUUUGGAGAGCGAAAUCCCGCUAAUGGAGAAGGGUCAUAAGCUCAAGGACCUGCCGAUUGUGUGGCGACCUGGCAAGAGUCCGAUGAUGGUGCAGACGUCUUCAUUUUCUUCGACGAAUUCGCUGAGGUCGCAGCAGCAGUCCAUAAGCGAGCUGGCGGCGGAGGAUGUUGAAAGCGCACCUGUCAUUACUGAGCAACGUAGGGGCUGGUUCAAUUUUGCGCGACACUGA